GAGACUGUGACAUAAAUCUCACAUGUUUAAGUAAUGUUAAUAUUGGAGAUCUUAAUAUAGAUUUUAAUGCUCUCGAAAUCCUUAUAUGUGAGAUAUUCAAGCUAAAAAUGGCCCUAACGCCAAUGUGGAGAAUAGCCAUGUUGUGGUUACUGGUUAUGACACAGCAACAUAAUUCUUCAAUGACUGAUAAUUGCUCCAAAUAAAACAGUUUCAGUAGAUUGCGACACCCGUUUAAUGCUUUGCCGAUCCUUAUAUUUUUUGAAAUAUUCAAAUUAGAAAAAUGCCUGUGUCUGUUAUAAUGCCUGGGUGAAGUCUUACUGACAGGGUUACAGGAACAGUGAGCGACACUUAUUCCUGUUUUUGAUUACAAUCUAAUCCUGUUUUACAUUGCCACAAAUCUCGUUUUUUGAGUUAUUAAAAUUCGAAAAGUACGAUUUACAGUACUAAUCCUUAUAUACUGAAUAGCUAUUUUAGGUCGAUAUUGUUAACACUGUAAUGUACAUUGUGUGUCUGGACACCUUUUCUGUUACGUUUAUGUCAUUUGUAAUUAAUCUCUUUUUAAUUGCCUUAUUUAAUUUUUCAUACUUUUAAUUUGAAAAAACAUUCUUGUAUCCAUCUUUGUGAAUUUAUAUGAUGGAUUAAAAGAGAUCCAGGACGACACUGCGCAAAAAUGAAGCGGUUUGUAUAGUGCAAAAUAUCAGAACCCAGUUCUGUAUACUUCGUUUCUUUGAAGAUACAGUAUUUGAAAAUGCGUCAUCCAACAAAAUGACAUCUAAAGGCCUUAAGAUACUUUUAUUUUGAUACAUUAUAUUCCGUUCACAAGCGGAAGUAUUUCUUUUCUUUUGCUUGCGUCACACAGUAAGUGUGUCCACAUUGAGCUUCCGUAGAGUGCUAAUUACUGUUUUUUUUCCGUAUUUCGCUGCUGUUACAUGUGGAGAGCAAGAGUUUACUGGCGAUGGCUGAUGUUAGUAGUUUCUUAAGUGACGCAGUGGUGGGUCAGUUUGAAGACGCAGAGUCAUCGGAUUGUGAAGGCAAUGUUAAUGAAAAGAAUAUUGGUUCAUUGAUAACAUUAGAAGAUAAUGUGAACAGCCUAACACUUGAUGCCUCAGUGGAAGAAAGAAAUGAUGAAGAUUUUGAAAAUGAAGAUGUCGAGGAUGACUGGGAUUGGGGAGAUUCUGGAGGUGAUCUUACAAAACGAUAUGCAGCUUUCAAGGGGAGCAACCAACAGUCAAAUCCCCAGAACCCAAGCCGUACCUCAAAAAUAUCUACACCUUCUGACAAGAUGCUGAGAAAAUAUGAACACAAAAUCAAUUUAGAUAAGCUAAAUUUUGCUGACUCUAUUAUAAACAAAGUAACUGAAAUGCAGAGACAAAAGGAUUCUGGAACGUAUAGAGUUAAGGAUAAAUCUGACAGAGCUACUGUGGAGCAGGUUUUGGAUCCAAGGACUCGGAUGAUUCUUUUCAAAAUGCUGAGCAGAGGGGUGAUAUCAGAUAUCAGUGGUUGCAUUAGCACUGGCAAAGAGGCCAAUGUGUAUUAUGCAACAACAGCAAGAGGAGAAACUCGAGCAAUUAAGAUUUACAAGACUUCAAUUUUAACGUUUAAGGAUCGGGAUAAAUAUGUCAGUGGUGAAUUUCGGUUUCGCCAUGGUUAUUGCAAAGGAAAUCCAAGAAAAAUGGUGAGAACUUGGGCUGAAAAAGAGAUGAGGAAUUUAAUAAGGUUACAAGCAGCACAGAUACCAUGCCCAGAACCUAUCAUAUUAAGAAGUCAUGUUCUUGUGAUGUCCUUUAUUGGCAAGAAUGACAUGCCUGCUCCAUUAAUGAAGAAUGCACAGUUAACUGAAUCUAAAGCACGAGAGCUGUAUCUUCAAAUUAUUCAGUAUAUGAGAAGAAUGUAUCAGGAUGCAAAGUUGGUCCAUGCUGAUCUCAGUGAAUUUAACAUGUUAUAUCAUAAUGGUGAUGCUUACAUUAUUGAUGUGUCUCAGUCUGUAGAGCAUGACCACCCACAUGCUUUGGAAUUUCUAAGGAAGGACUGUGCUAACAUUAAUGAUUUUUUCUUGAAGUGGCAAGUUGCUGUGAUGACUGUACGUGAGCUCUUUGAGUUUGUAACAGACCCUUCAAUUACAAAUGAGAACAUUGAUGAUUACCUAGAAAAGGCAAUGGAAAUUGCUUCUUCUAGGACUGCAGAAGAAAGGUCUAAUCAAGAUAAAGUAGAUGAAGAGGUUUUUAAAAAGGCUUACAUUCCAAGAACACUGAAUGAAGUGAGUAACUAUGAAAGAGACUUUGACCUUCUGAUGAAAGCAAAAGAGGAGGAUGCAACCUUGAAUGCACUAGAUGACAAUAUUCUGUACCAGACCGUGACAGGGCUUAAGAAAGAUUUGUCUGGAGUGCAAAGGGUGCCUGCAAUCCUGGAAGAAAGAAUAAGUGGCUCUGAAAGCUCCGAGUCUGAAGAAGGAAGUUUGCAGUCAGAUACUGAGGAAUGUGCAAAAGAGCCAAAUGAUCAAGAAUUGCAUCAAAAUAUAGACAAAAAGGAGAGAAAGAAAAUAGUCAAAGAAGCUCAAAGGGAAAAAAGGAAAAAUAAAGUCCCAAAACAUGUCAAGAAACGAAAAGAGAAGGUUGCAAAAAUGAAAAAGGGAAAAUAACCUGCAACAUGGAUCAAACAUCUACUGGUAUGCACAUCUGAUGGAAAGCAUCCAAUUACACAAUAUUAACAGUGAUGCAUCAACAGUGUUAUAAUAAAUAUAAUUUUUACAAGAACUGCAAUCAUUUGGUACUUUCCAAACUAUUUUCCAUUAAAACAACAUUUAAUAUUU